AUUUUUCUUUCAACCCUCAUGUCGCACGCUUUUUCUAACCUCAUGCUUCGUUCUUCUCUCCAUUUGUCUGACUUUCAUACUUCAAAAUCAAAACCCUUACCAUUUUCUGGCCCACCAAACCUGCUGCAGCCACUGCCACCUUCACCGUCUGGCGUCAACUCCACCCAGGCAGCCACUUACCAGUGACCGGCCCACCGAACCCACCGCAGCCAGCCACCAAACCUCCAAACAGUAGGAGAUGAGAAGUCUAUAAAAGGCUUUUCUGUUCAGUUGCGAAUGAACCAUUGCCAAAGCACGCCCAAGAAUUGAAUAUGGAAGCCCCAAAAGAAAUUUUUUUGAAAGAUUUCAAGAAGCCUGAUUACUACUUUGAUACAGUGGAGUUGAAAUUUUUAUUGGAUGAGGAUAAGACAUAUGUCUUUUCAAACAUAUCUGUUUUCUCUGCUGAUGAAGUCUCUGCUCCUCUAGUCUUGGAUGGUCGGCAUCUAAAGCUUGUUUCGAUCAAGAUUGAUGGGAAGGAGCUAAAAGAGGGAGAAUUUCAUGUGGACUCACGCCAUUUGACGCUUUCGUCCCCACCAAAUGGUAAAUUCACAUUGGAAAUUGUUACCGAGAUAUACCCUCAAAACAACACUUCAUUGGAGGGUCUAUACAAGUCUUCUGGAAAUUUCUGCACACAAUGUGAAGCAGAGGGCUUUCGAAAAAUAACUUUCUUUCAGGAUCGUCCUGAUAUUAUGUCAAAAUACACAAUUUGCAUUGAAGCUGAUAAAACCAAAUAUCCCGUCUUGUUGUCCAAUGGAAAUCUCAUAGAUCAAGGUGACAUUGAGGGUGGCAAGCAUUUUGUUGUUUGGGAGGAUCCAUUCAAGAAGCCAUCAUAUCUGUUUGCCUUGGUUGCUGGGCAACUGGAGAGCAGAGAUGACACAUUUCUUACUCGUUCUGGCCGCAAGGUCACUCUCAGGAUUUGGACUCCCUCUGAGGAUUUGCCAAAGACUGCACAUGCUAUGUAUUCUCUUAAGGCAGCCAUGAAGUGGGAUGAAGAUGUUUUUGGUUUGGAAUAUGAUUUAGAUCUUUUUAAUAUUGUCGCUGUUCCAGACUUUAAUAUGGGAGCAAUGGAGAACAAGAGUUUAAAUAUUUUCAAUUCAAAGCUUGUUUUGGCGUCUCCGGAAACUGCUACCGAUGCAGAUUAUGCUGCAAUUUUAGGUGUAAUUGGUCAUGAGUACUUCCACAACUGGACUGGUAAUAGAGUGACAUGUCGGGAUUGGUUCCAGCUUAGCUUGAAGGAAGGGUUAACUGUCUUUCGUGAUCAGGAAUUUUCGUCAGACAUGGGAAGUCGCACCGUGAAGCGCAUUGCUGAUGUUUCAAAGCUCCGAAAUUAUCAAUAUCCUCAGGAUGCAGGUCCUAUGGCUCAUCCUGUGCGACCACAUUCCUACAUUAAGAUGGACAACUUUUAUACGGGUAAACUUUCAUUUUAUACCAUAUGCAUGGUCUGUUGUGCUUUUCUUUUUUACAAGUUCCUCAUUUUGUUAAUGAUUUCCUUAACUUGGCUUUAUUUGACUGUGUCUCUGAUUUGGGUAUGCUCUAUUAUUUUGGAUUUGAUGGAAAUUCUAGUUACGGUGUAUGAAAAGGGUGCAGAAGUAGUCAGGAUGUAUAAAACCUUGUUGGGUAGUGAAGGUUUCCGAAAGGGUAUGGAUCUGUACUUUAAGAGGCAUGAUGGACAAGCUGUGACAUGUGAAGAUUUCUUUGCAUCUAUGAGGGAUGCUAAUAAUGCAGAUUUUGCGAAUUUCUUGCUUUGGUACUCGCAAGCUGGGACACCUAUUGUGAAAGUCUCUUCAUCUUAUGAUGUCGAGAAGCACACAUUUACGUUGAAAUUCAGCCAAGAGGUGCCACCAACUCCUGGUCAGCCAGUUAAAGAGCCCAUGUUUAUUCCAGUUGCAACAAGUUUGCUUGAUUCUCAUGGCAAGGACAUGCCCCUGUUUUCUGUUUAUCAUGAUGGAAAACCGGAGUCUCUUGUUAUUAAUGGUCAGCCCGUCCAUACAGCUGUUCUUCGAGUAACAAAGAAGGAAGAAGAAUUUGUUUUUUCUGAUGUACUUGAGAAGCCUGUUCCAUCUUUGUUAAGGGGCUUUAGUGCUCCUAUUCGUCUCGAAGCUGAUUAUUCUGAUAGUGAUCUCUUCUUUCUUCUUGCCAAUGACUCGGAUGAAUUCAACCGUUGGGAGGCAGGACAAAUUUUGGCCAGGAAGUUAAUGCUCAGCUUAGUUGCAGACUACCAGCAAAACAGGCCUCUAGUUUUGAACGCAAAAUUUGUUGAUGGGUUCAAAAGCAUUAUGUGCAACAGUAAUUUGGAUAAGGAAUUCAUUGCAAAGGCUAUAACUCUCCCUGGUGAGGGGGAGAUCAUGGAUAUUAUGGAAGUUGCAGAUCCUGAUGCUGUUCAUGCAGUCAGAACUUUUAUCAGAAAGGAGCUUGCUGUGCAGCUGAAAGCUGACUUCCUUUGCAUGGUACAAGAAAACAAGACCUCUGAGCAAUAUGAGUUUAACCAUCCUAAUAUGGCCAGGAGGGCACUAAAGAAUGUAUCACUUGCAUAUCUUGCCUUGCUUGAUGAGCCAGAAUGCACUGAGCUUGCUCUGCGUGAAUAUAAAAUGGCCACAAACAUGACAGAUCAGUUUGCAGCUCUAGCAGCGAUUACUCAGAACACUGGCACAAUCACUGACAAGGUUCUGGCCGACUUCUAUGACAAAUGGCAGUACGACUUUUUGGUUGUCAACAAAUGGUUUGCCCUUCAAGCCAUGUCAGAUGUUCCUGGCAACGUUGAGAAUGUUAAAAAGCUACUCGACCACCCAGCAUUUGACCUUCGCAAUCCAAAUAAGGUCUAUGCUUUGAUUGGUGGAUUUUGUGGAUCCCCUGUGAAUUUCCAUGCAAAAGAUGGAUCAGGUUACAAAUUUUUGGGAGAGAUGGUUGUUCAGCUAGACAAAAUAAACCCUCAGGUGGCUUCAAGGAUGGUGUCGGCUUUUUCCCGAUGGAGACGUUAUGAUGAGACCCGUCAAACUCUUGCUAAGGCACAGUUAGAGAUGAUAAUGUCAGCUAAUGGACUAUCCGAGAAUGUUUUUGAGAUUGCUUCAAAGAGUUUGGCAGCUUAAGGCUUUAUUCUUAACGGAGUGUCGAUGUUUAUUUAUCUCAAAAGCUGUACUGAUUGGUUGCAAUAGUUUUUUUUUUUUCUUUUUUUUUUUUUUGGAAAGUUCAAAUACAGUGGGUUGAUUAAGUUGCGUAUUUAAAAAUGCUACUAGUGUACACCUCGGUACCAAUCUUUUUGGUAAAACGAAGAUUGAGCUUGUUGAUCAAUAAUAAUAGUAUUAACCUCA